CUGUGAAACCAAGCCUUUUAUUGCUGGAGUUCUGAAGACAGCUGGAGAACGGGACAUUAACCAGAGACUACAUCACACAGCAUCUUCUAGACAAUGGGAUCUCCUACAUCAAUAGUGAAUAACAACUGAAGACUCCGUCUGCCUUAGAGGAUACAUUUCUCAGAGGUUCCAUACUGUGAGAAACCAUCAUACAGAAAGAACAAAAUAAAAUUUCCAGAUCUACAGUGCAAAUAUGAGGAAGUCUAUUAGACGAAUGUUUAAGCCUGCAGGGGAUAAGGACGACAGACUAUAUGAUGGAGUGAUCCUGCGAUCUGACAGUUGCACCUCAGUGCAGGACGACCCACAGUUAAUAUUCAAGAUUAUUCAAGAAGAUGUAAACCGUGUCCGGAGUUUCAUACUGAAGAAUCCUGCAACUCUGACAGCUAGAGAUGAUAUAGAGGGAACCCCACUACAUUAUGCUUCAAAAUAUGGCAAUUUAGAGCUGAUGUUGAUGAUUAUCAAUGAAACAUCUGAUGACGCCUCAGUCCUCAAUGCUGUGGAUUAUAAAGGCUGUACACCACUACAUUGGGCUAUUGUGAAAAACCAGAUUGACAGCGUGAAGGUCCUGCUGAGUAGAGGAGCGGACCCGAACAUACUGAACUACUACAGGCUGUCUCCUCUGCACGCGGCAGUCCACUUGCAUCAUAACAGCAUUGUCGAGGUAUUACUCAACCACAAUGCUACAAAUAUUAAUCUGGAAGGUGAUCUUGGGAAUACACCAAUUAUGCAAGCGUGCGCUAAAGAUAAUUCAGAAGCAUUAUUAAUGCUGUUUAAUCAUGGGGCAAAGCUGUGUAAGAGAAAUAAAAUAGGAUGCUUCCCAAUACACAUGACUGCAUUCGCUGGGUCUUUAAAUUGCAUGGAUCUGAUUCUAAAGAAAGGCGAAGAACUUAAUUUUAGCAUUGAAGACCACAUAAACUUCACAGACAACGAGAAAAGCAGUCCGCUUCAUGUGGCAGUUCAGAAUGGACGUUUGGAAAUCGUGAAGGCUUGUAUUGGAUAUGGAGCAAAGAUCGAUCUCAAACAGGUAAAUGACAAUGCCACUGCUCUUCAUUUUGCUGCUACUCAAGGGGCUACUGAAAUUGUCAAGUUUAUGGUCUCAACUUACACUGGUGAGAAGAAAAUUGUGGAUCUGCCAGAUGGAAACAAUGAAACGCCACUUCAUAAAUCUUCAUUGUUUGAUCAUGUGGACCUGGCAGAGUAUUUAAUAUCAAUGGAAGCAAAUAUUGACUGUGUGGAUAACGAAUUACGCACGCCCCUUCUCUUAGCCACUUCAUGUUCUGCUUGGAGAACUGUUAAUUUACUUCUUGAAAAAGGAGCCGAUGUAAAACUGACAGAUAACUUUGGACGGAAUUUUCUUCAUCUCACGGUAUUGCAGCCUGGAGGCUUGAACAAUAUCAAAGGUGACUUCCUGCAGAGGAAGGACAUCAAGGAACUUGUAAGCGAUGAAGACGCAGAUGGCUGCACCCCUCUACAUUACGCCUGUCGCCACGGUGUCCCAAAUUCUGUGAACAAUUUGCUUGGUCUCAAUGUGUCACUGUAUUCCAAGAGCAAGGAUAAAAGAUCAGCUUUGCAUUUUGCAGCUUGCUAUGGACGUUACAACACCUGUGAGAGGCUCCUGAGGUUUGUGCCAGACGCCAGGCUACUCAAUGAUGGAGAUGCUAAAGGACUGACUCCUCUGCACUUGGCUGCACAAAAUGGACACGACAAAAUAGUUUUCCUCCUGCUGAAAAAGGGAGCCCUCCUUUUAAGUGACUAUCGUGGAUGGACAGGUUUACACUACGCUGCCUUUGGUGGCUUUACUCGUACAAUCAAGACUCUUUUGGAUACAUCUACUUCCCUUAUGGAUAAAGCAGACAAAGAAAAGAACACAGGACUUCAUAUAGCUGCCCGAGAAGGACAUUCCAAAGCAGUUGGUCUUCUGCUGGAAAGCGGGGCAGCCAUCACAUUAAAUGCAAAUGAGGCUUCAUUCAUCCAUGAGGCAAUUCGUGCAGGAAGAAAAGAGGUGGUUUUUACUGCAAUUCAGAGUGAACGGUGGGAAGAAGUGUUAGUAACAUUUUCCCAUUCGUCUGGAUACAAGUGUCCCAUUCUUGAAAUGGUAUAUCAUCUGCCAGAGAGCCUAAAGAGUCUUUUGGAUAGAUGUAUGACUGAAUCACCUGGAGACAAAAAGAAUGCAAAUUUCUUUAUUGAAUACAACUUCCGGUAUCUACAAUGUCCUCUAAGCUUUAAGAAGAAGAAGCAAGUAGAUACCAACGUCUACUAUGAACCUCUGGUCACUUUAAAUGCCAUGGUUCACCACAAGCGCGUGGAGCUCCUCUCUCACCCAGUCUGUAAAGAAUACCUGCUCAUGAAAUGGAUGGCUUACGGAUUUAAGGCGCACCUCAUUAACCUUCUAAUUUACUCAUUCGGGCUUAUUCCUCUAACUCUCUUAAUAAUGAACGCUGUGCUACCCAAAUCCAACAAUUCAACUGCAAGUUUAGAGCCAUCAGAACUUGAGACAAGACAUGAGCCACUACAACUUCAGGACUCAUAUUUCACACGCAUUUGCAUGAGUAUUGUGAUGUUCAUGAGUAUUCUCGGGAUUUUGAAAGAGCUUGUACAGAUGGUCCAACAGAAGCUGAAGUACCUAUUAGACAGCAGUAAUGCUCUAGACUGGAUAAUUCAUAUUUCAAGCAUUAUAUUUGUAUCAUCUUUGUGUAAAGAAUCUCUCUCUAUGUCUUUCUUGCAAUGGCAAGCUGGAGCCUUUGCCGUAUUCUCAUCCUGGGUCAACUUUUUGAUUUACCUUCAAAGAUUUGAAACAUAUGGAAUCUAUAUUGUAAUGUUUUGGGAAAUUCUGAGAACCCUGGUGCGAAUCGUUGUUCUGUUCUUUUUUCUGAUUUUGGCUUUUGGACUAAGCUUCUUCGUAAUUCUAUAUCCCCAGACAACAUUUAGCAACCCUUACCUUGCCUUAAUGCAGACGUUCACUAUGAUGCUUGGAGACAUUAACUAUCAAGAUGGUUUCCUUCAACCUAUGCUUGAAAAGCAGCUUGAAUACCCAUUUUUAACAUAUGUUCAUCUAAUUAUAUUCACUCUGUUAAUCCCAAUUCUGUUGAUGAACUUGCUUAUUGGUCUGGCUGUUGGCGACAUUGCUGAAGUACAACGGAAUGCAGCACUUAAAAGGAUUGCAAUGCAGGUGAGUCUCCACACAAACUUAGAGAAGAAACUUCCAUACUGGUUCUUGAAGCGAGUGGAUCAAGUCAGUAGCAUUGUGUACCCCAAUCGUCCAAGAAUCUGGGGACUUGCUAUCAACUCAAACUUUCUUACUUAUUUCCUGUCUUGCGAAGACUUCAAAGCUGAAAUCCCCAACAAUGAUACAACAUUGGAAGUGGAACUUUGGAAGCAGAAGAACAGGCUGAAGGAUCUGUCCACAAUUAUGCAAAAGCAACAUGAACUUAUCAAACUGAUCAUUCAGAAAAUGGAAAUUGUAAAUGAGGCAGAAGAUGAAGACAAUCAGGAUCUAUUUAAACACAACAAACCAAAGAAAUCGAUGGAACAAAAAGAAAGCAAAUGGGAAUGUGUAGUGAAAGCCAUGAAGUGCAAAAAUGGAAGUGAAUGACAUAGUAUACAUUUGCAUGCGGAAACAAAGAUAAAUGGCAGUUGGCAUCCUACGUCUCGAAUUGCGUUGUGUACUUCUCAGUAGGGCUAAUAUGUUUGAACAUGAUCUAUAGAAGACCUUUUUGGAUUGUGCCCAUUAGAGUUGUUUUCUUUUAAGAUUUGUAGGAGGAUAGCAUAGAGAACUGAAUAUCAGAUUCAUUCUUAAAUGGUACUUAUUUUGCUAUUUAAAGAAAAAAUCCUCUAUGUGGGAUUUCUGCUUUAAGAUCUUAUUUCUCCAAAUCCAAAUUUACUGUGGAUUUAAAAAAAAGUUUUAAUAAUAAUUUUAAGAACAAUUUGCAUUGAUAUACUUUUGGUAAAUGUGCAAUAUAUAUUUUGUCUUUUGGAAAUCGUGUGUAGAACAUUUUAAUGUAAAAUUCAAUAAUAUUGUAGAACUGUAUGUAUACAUUAGAUGUUAUAGAUCUGGAAUAUAAAUGGUUGACUUACGUUAAUUACAUUUGUAUGUUUGUAUGUAUUCAUUAGACUUUCAUGCUCAUUGUAAAAGCAAUUUUCAUAUUUGAUAGUUGGAGGUGAGCAACACCUGCCAGUACUCCAUGCUUGUACACAUGGGUGAGAGUUUCCCUUCCCUCAGACCAGGAUUCCUCCUGUUAUUCUGAUGUUACUUUCCAGAAAUGACCACAACAGCUUCCUAACAGGGGCUGCCGUUAAAGCUACAUUACUGUAUUACUGUAUUGGAAAAAGAAACACAGCUCCAUAAGGGACCCACCCAUAUCAGUAUAUUAUUCUGGGAUGUAGGUGGUGUGAAUAACCCUUUAAAACAAUAUCAUACCUAUGCCAACUCUUCCAAUUCUUCUCAGUGAAACUUCUGUAAGGUGUCUACUUAAGAAGCCGCUGUUGAACUUCAGUCUGAGGCACUAGUGUAACUUUUUUGCCAAGGACAACACAUGUGUUUUAUUUUUCUGUAUCAUUUAUUUUUUUAAAUAAUGUAGACAAUAGUUUUCCUUUGAACAUAAAAAAAUUCUUGUAGUACAAGUAGCUGUUAUCUUGUUCUGAGUAUUACUCAAAUUGUAUCAUUUUAUUAAUAAUUUAAUACGUAUUUUUAAAUUACCUAUACACAGGUUCAUUACGUAGACAAUAGUUUUCCUUUGAACAUAAAAAAUUAUUCUUGUAGUACAAGUAGCUGUUAUCUUGUUCUGAGUAUUACUCAAAGUUUAUCAUUUUAUUAAUAAUUUAAUAUGUAUUUUUUAAAUUACCUAUACACAGGUUCAUUACGUACAUUGAAAAAAGGCCCUUAUCCAUACCGAAAACCUCAAAAUUAUGAAAAAUUCAGGAACAAUAUUACUGUAAUUUAACUAUCCUAAAAUAAUAUUGUUUAAGCACUGUAGAAGUGUACUUGCCUUUCCUUGAAUGUCUGAAGAGUUUGGUUUUCUAGGAAAUAAUUUAGAAGUUGUUCAAUUCAAAUUUUCUGGGUUUGUGAAAGUCAGUUUCAUAUCCCGAGUUAUAGACAUGAACCAUUUACUAAACAAAUUGAAAACUAUCAUGUGAUUGGUCAUUAUGGGCAGUAAAUGUGUUCCUGUUUACAAACAGCAUUCAGCAUAUGCAUUACUAAAGCUUUCUCUUAGCUCUGCACCGUCCACUUUGAUAGAUGUAAUCACGGCAGCUUCUCAUCAACAUAAAUAGACAAAGUUAUCUUUUACAUUUGGGCAGACUAUUUGUCUCAUAUUGAUAAACAGGAUCAUGCAGAGCAGAUAGUGCUCGUCUAAUUUAUAGACAUGUCUGAAAACAUUCUAGUGUCAGGUCCAUUUGCCAAUAUGUAUCAUACUUGCCGACUUUUAGGCUGCUCUCUCCGGGAGAGAGCAGCCAGGUCGGCUCAGCAGGGGGGCGGGCAGUGACGUAAUGUGCAGAGGGGGGCAGGCCAGAGGUGGGACGGGGGCAUGGCAGAGGCAGGAUGGGGGCGUGGCUGCGUGAUCGCGUCAUGUAAGUUACACCCCCCGCUGUGUAAUGCCGCUAUUACUGCCAUUAUACAGCAAGGGGCGUGGCUAUGAUGACUCGAUUCAACAAGAAUCACGUCAUCGCCUGCCCAGACCACCCACUUUCCUCGCUAAGUAGACAGCCGGGCAGAGGGGACCCCUGAAAUCGGGAGACUUGCCUGCUCUUCCGGGGGGGCCGGGAGGGUCACCCGAUUUUCGUGAGCCUCCCGGCCAUUCCGGGAGAGUAGGCUAGUAUGAUAUGUAUAUGACCAGUCUUAUGUGUUUUGUCCCUGAUUUCCAGGCAUAGUACAGUAUAUGCCUUUAAACAUUUUUUGUCCCCGGAUAUGUCCUUUUUGUUUUGAAAUAUAUUUUUUAUUGAUUAUAAAAAAGAACAUACAACAAACAGCAGACAAAAGUCCAGAAACAACAGAAACACAGCAAAUAAGAGCUGGUAUACAUAUACAGAAAUAAGUAUAAUGGGUUAUAGCUGAGGACAUAGCAUGGACUCAACAGUGUGCAGAAGAAGAAAAAAAGCAGAAGAAAAAAAUGAGGGAGGAUAUGUCCUAUUUUUCAAUAAUGAUUUAUGGUGGGUACACACUGACAGAUAUAUUGCCAAUUCCAUUGACCUGGCAACAUAUCUGUAGUGCAUCGGUGGGUGUGUAUAGACGAUAUGCCUGUGAACAGUGUCGUUCACAGGCAUAUCGUGUCGUGACUGCAGCACAGCCGAUGUCUGAUAUAUACUGUAUGGCUGUGUAGACUUACACUUGCUGCAGGGCCCGCUGGUGAAUAACAUCUUAGGGCCCAUGUGACCUCUAUUUAUGUUCUCCUUCUCCCCUUAUACACUUAAAAACUCCCCAGAGCAUAGCUGUUACUGAUUUUCCCAGCAGCCCCAAUGUGAGGAUGUCGCAAACAUUAUUUCUGCCCUCUGGCCAUCUCAUGCCUUUUCCACCACAGAUUAGCACUAAUUAAUACAGUGCAUAUUAUUUACAGCAGCCGUGGUCAGUUGCUUAUGUCUGUUUCAGGUAAUAAAGUAGACAUAUAUGUCAGACUUAUUAUGUCACAUACUGUAUAGCAGUUAAUGCUGUGUAAUGACUAAAUUGAUACAUUUUGCUAAUCUAAACCAGGGGUGGGCAAUAAGUGGCCCUCCAGCUGCUGUGCCACCCUUGGUCUAAAGUAUACUUGGUUAUGUUGUUUCUUUCCAUAACUGCAGCUACAGUACAUCAAUGUUAGGCAGCUGAUGUAAGUUCAUGUAUAUACAAAAUCAAGGUAUUGUGAAAAGUUAUGUUAAAAGUAAAUAAAAAGUCUGAUUUGGCACAAA